UUGAUAUCCUCAAUUACUGCUCUCCAGUUAGUCCCAGGUGAGUACACAUGUACUUCUUUUAGCUAGGAAGCUGCUGGCCUGGUGGAUCGGUGCUUAAAGCAUCGGGUGGAUGCUUAUUAAGCACACGCAUCAGUGUUAAUUACUCAUCAAAUCUCCUCCUCCUCCUCCUCCUCCUCCUCUUCUUCUUCUUCUUCUUCUUCUUCUUCUUCUUCUUCUUCUUCUUCUUCUUCGUUAUUUAGUAGGAGUAGAAUAAUCAUGCAAAUAUGUCAUUAGGAAUAGGGAAUGGGUUAAUGAUGGUAAACAAAUAUUGCCAACAAACUCCUAUAUAUGCUUGGUUCUUGGUUGGUUAAUCCGGCCCUGUCAAUCCCCGGCAACACAAAAGAAGAUACAAGGUUUCGGAGAUUAUUGCAAAUAGUUAUUUUCUGCUUUUUUUCACUGUAAAUAUACAAUAAUAGGUCAUUAACAACGUCAUUCCUGCUGACUGAAGUUGUUGGCUGAUGGCUCAGGCGACUGCUCCUCUCCUCCCCUUCCCUCUCCAUGCUUCUCCUGCUGGCCACGAUCUCCUGUAGACUUCUUCGGCCAUGGAUUUGCAAGGACUGGACCACAGCCCUGGUCUCUCCUUUCAAGCAAAGAUCUGGGAACGCUUCGGUAAGCCGGUGGUUUUUCUAGAGGGGCACGGCCUUAGGGAAUCUUUUCUGGUUAUCUCUGUUGCCCGAUGCAAAUUCCGGCUAACAGAGAUCUCAGUAGCUUCCAUGCUGCAAGCUAUACUGGGUGGGAGCGCCCAUUCUUUUAAUGUCAAGAAAUUGGGUGAUCGGUUGUUCAAAUUCUCGGUUUCUUCGGAGGAGGUGGGUUCUUAUAUCUGCCAGUCAAAAUCAUUUGAAUGUGAACAUUUCAAGGUUUUUUUCCAUCCUUGGGGAAAUGGCGGCCCGCAAUCCAUGGCGGAAUUGCAAGCCUGGGAGCAAGGACAGGCCUCGGGAUGUGCACGUGAUAGUAGAAACAUGAAACAGAAGAAAUCUUAUGCUGAUGUUGUUCGCGCAAAUAUUGGUCAUCAUGUCCCAACUGGCGACAAUGCAAUUCCUGUCUCUGCAGGUGACACCUUAUUCACAGAAAUGGAUUAUCAAGAGAACGAACAAGAAGCUCUGGAGAGAAUAUUAAGUGAUGCAGGUGUGGAACCAAUCAUGCUAUCUUUUGCAUUUUUAAGAAAGAUUACAAAUGAUUUCUCACAAGAGAUUGGUCGUGGUGGGUUUGGAGUUGUUUAUAUGGGAUUCAUAGGCCGAAGUGGUAAAGUUGCUGUGAAGAAGCUAUCCAAAACAGAUGAAGUUUCUGAAGGGCAAUUUAAAGAUGAGCUUAAAUGUUUGAUAAGGGUUAAGCACAAGAAUAUAGUAAGACUUUUAGGCUAUUGUUGGGAAACACAAGAAAAAGUGGUAAAGUUCAAUGGGAUUUAUGUUUUAGCAGAUGUCCGAAGAAGGUUCCUCUGCUUUGAGUAUGUACCAAACGGAAGCCUUCACGAUUACAUAAAAGAUAAAUUCCACGGACGUGAAUGGGAUACAUGUUAUCAAAUUAUUGAAGGAAUUUGCCACGGUUUAUACUAUCUUCACAAUAAAGAAUGUAUUUCUCAUUUGGAUCUCAAGCUAGAAAAUAUUUUGCUGGAUGCUGACAAGGUUCCAAAAAUAACAGACUUUGGCUUAUCAAGACACUUUGGUAUUGGACAAUCCAGAAUAAUCACUGAAACAAUACGUGGAACACUGGGAUACGCUGCACCAGAGUAUUUAGACAAAGGGGAACUAUCUUUCAAGUCAGAUAUAUUUAGUUUGGGCAUAAUAAUCCUGAAAUUAUUAAAGGGAAGUACUGAUCCACCUGAUCUCCAAAGUUGGCAUCAAUCACUAGAUCUGGACUGCCCUCAAGUGAAGACAUGCAUUAAAAUUGCACUAUUGUGUGUAGACAACGAUCAACGUAAAAGGCCUACUAUCCGUAACAUCAUUGAGAUGUUGAAUGGUAAGGAAACCAUGAUUGAGAUGGUAUCCACGGUUAAUGGCAAUUCAAGAAAUAACUCAGGGUCUUCAAUAAAAAAGGCAAAGUCAGUUAAUGAAGCCCAUUCGAUGGAUAUUUAUGUAGCACCUUUGCCCCAGCGAAUAACCACUGAGGCAAAAAGUUCUGCAUCCGACUUGUUGGUAGAUGAUCAGGUGCAGUCGAUGUCUUUGUUAGCAGCACCAUCUCCGCUCCAGCGAGUAACUGUUGUACCUAAGGGAUCCGGAGAGACAGGCACUCAGAUACGGUCCCUCGGAUCCACUGAGAUUAGCAAGCUGCUGGACGUUCACCCGCUGGAGCUCCGCUUCCCCUUCGAGCCAUACAAGCUCAUCGAACGUCCAAUGACCCUGACGAACAGGACAGACCAUCCCGUUGGCUUCUGGAUUAUACCGACCAACCCGGAUACAAGCUCCCACAUUCAUUUUCAAUCCUAUUUCCUCUGGAUGGGCCCAUCCUGCUGUUUUCAAAUAAUGGAGCCAAACUCAACUUGGGGUGCAGUUAUGACAAUGAAGCAAUGCGAGCCACCACCAUGGGACACAUGCAAGUUUGAGGUGCUGAUGAUCGUCAUGUUGUCGGAGGAACCCCUCAAACAUUUGGAAGAAUACCUUACUCGUGGGAAGCUGAGCAUGGACAGCAGCUUAGUGAAGAGAGUCGAGGAGUUGGGGGGCGAGGUGCACCGGGCGAUGGUCAAGGCUGUCAUCUGUGACCCGGAGGCAGUGCUCCACAACCAAAAGUUCAAACCACCCAUGUUGGAUUUUAGGCACAUCAGAUACGUAGACGUGCAUCCCACGGAGCCAUGGAUCUUGAUGGCUCAAGAUGGAGGUCAUGUUUCCAUUUGGAACUACCAGACACAGGAAAGAGUGAUGAAGUUGGAGGUCACCAGAGUACAUACACCUGCUACCUUGUCUAGAUGGGCGAGGGGGAGUACCAGUGACCACUGGUGGUUCGUGUUCUGCCCCAAAUUUAUCGCUCGAGAGCAAUGGUUCGCAGCCGGGGAUACUGACGGAUGGGUCCGUGUCUACUCUUACACAACAAUGGACAAGGUCAUGGAAUUUAAAGCUCACGACGAACCUGUCUGCUUGUUGUGCGUUCACCCAACACGCCCGUUUUUGCUGACGGCAACUUAUAAUGACGAAUGGAUCAAGCUUUGGGACUGGAGUAAGAACUGGAAGUUCGAAAACAAAUUCAACACGCAGCGCCAUGGUUCGGAACAACUCAUGUGGCACCCAAGGGACACCAACAUUUUUGCUAGUGUUUCAACUUCGAAUGUGAAGGUUUGGGAGACUCGUUCUUCGCAUCCUACCGCAACGCUGAAGGGUGCGAAGAAGGGUUGUUAUCUUUACACCGAGAGCAAUCGGCACCUCAUGGUUACUCUUACUUCCGACUGGAGGACGAGCGAAAAGGAUACAUCGCAGAUAUGGGAUUUGCAGACUGAGGAGUGUGUUCACAAACUUGGCUUGAGCGGCUCGGGCAUUAUUGAUGACAUUGCUUGCCACCCAACACUUCCACUAUUGGCUACACGCGGUACAGCCAGGACAGUUUGUUUGUGGGAUGCCAGGCCGGCCUACAGGCUUCAGAAAAUAAUUCGCUUGAAGGAUACAGUUAAGGGCAUGGAAUUCAUAGGCACGGAGAACUCAACUAGUGUGGCGGUGGCGGCGGCGACGCCCACAGUCUGCAGCGGCGGUUGCUGCGACGCUGAGUCCGGCGGCAGCGGCGACACCCACAACCGGUGCCGAUGGCUGCUGCGGCUCCUACUAGGGAAGACGUGGACAACAACUUCCGGCGCCAUGUCCCAUCCAGAGCAACAUGGAGGCAUGUUUAGUUUUCUUCCCAGUUCUCACCUACACAAUGUCUGUAGCUCUGUUUCAUUGUUCUUGCGUAAUUAUAGUGGUGUUUGUUUAGCAGGGAUGUUACUUUGAAUGAAUGGUUAGCUACUAGCACGCUGCAUUGCUGCCGUU